CAGAUGAGCUGAUCCCUCGUCGUCUCAACACCAUCAUAGACAGCGACAGGAUACUGAGAUGGAUGCCGGCUCCGUUUGUUCCAGUGGCGGGUUCAGGCAGAGUGCAGAGGUGGAGGACCUGAUGAUGUCAGUGGAGAGAGUGGUGGAGUACACUGAACUGGAGAGCGAAGCACACUGGGAAACCCAGAAGCGUCCUCCUCCCGAUUGGCCCAGCAAAGGCCCGGUGACCUUCGACCGGGUCAGCUUCUCCUACGGCGGCGACGGUGCUGCAGAACCUGAAAGCAAUGUUCCGACCCAAAGAGAAGGUUGGUAUUGUGGGCAGAACCUCAGGGGAAGAUCUACAUCGACGGGGUUCUGACCUCUGAGAUCGGCCUCCACGACCCGCGCCAGAAGAUGUCCAUCAUUCCUCAGGACCCAGUGUUCUUUACAGACUCCACGAGGAAGAGCUCCAGCAGCCGGCGCGUCUGUCCACAGCCGUCCUCAAGAAGAACCGCAUCCCGGUCAUCGACGAGGCCACGGCCAACGCGGACCCCAGGACAGAAGAGCCGAUCCA